UAUAUGUAUAAUGUUGGCAACAUUGGUAACAAAGUAUACGUUCGAUUGUGUGCGUGAGUAGCUGUCGACGAACCAAAUUGAUAAGUUUGUUUUGUCAAGAGAAUAAUACCAAUUUAUAAAUUCAACGGACCUCAAACCAUGUGACAAGUGACAAACAAAAAUGAUAAACAGUUCAAUAGUUUAAAUUAAACACAAAUGUACACCACGUUUUGAAAAAAGUUUCGGUGGUAAAAUGAAGUGCAUUGCUGGGAGUCUCGGUGGAUGUCACACGCGAUCUCACUUCGAGGAGGUCUCAGGAAUUGAGUAAAUUUUCGAGGAGGAAUCGUUACAUGUACGCAGCGGGAAUGACAAUAAUGGCAGUUUCUGUUGGCGAAAUUUGCGAGAACACCAAGUUGGCUCGGGAGAUGGCCCUCACGGGUAAUUACGACUCGGCGCUGGUGUACUACGAAGGGACAGUUCAAAUGAUACAUAGACUGCUGGUGACCAUCGCGGACCCCACACGCAAGUCCAAGUGGCAGUUGGUACAAAAACAGAUGGCGCGCGAGUACGAACAGCUGAAGGCGACGGUGGCCACGCUGCAGAUGUUCCAGCAUGAGGGGGAGAAGGCCAUCACGCCUAUGACUGGCAAUUACGAUGACUUCCCGACGCGGGACCAGAUGUGGGGCCCGGCGCCGCACGAGCUCGACCCUGACAUAUGGCCGCCGCCGCCGGACCGGGACCCCAACGCCUGGCCCCCGCCCACCAGCGUCGAACACAAAGGUCCUCCCCCCCUGCGCUCGGCGCGAAACAACCCCCGCACCGCUCCCACCAAGAAAACAACCGGCAAGCAAGCAACCACGUCGCAACGCAAAACUUCAGAUGUACGGAAUCCUAAGCUAGCGGCCAACAAGAAUCACAGUCACAGUGCAAGAUCAAAAGAGUCGAAUAGCAAAGAGGCCGCGGGCGGCAAAGACAAGCAGGACCGCGACAACAACAACGGCGACACAGACGACGAGAAACACAACAAGGAGGACGAGCGGCGGUUCGAGCCGGCCGCGGCCUGCGACGGGGACCUCGUGGACAUGCUCGAGCGGGAUAUAGUACAAAAGAACCCCAACAUCCGGUGGGACGACAUCGCGGAUUUAUCAGAGGCCAAGCGGUUGUUGGAGGAGGCCGUAGUCUUGCCAAUGUGGAUGCCCGACUUCUUCAAGGGCAUCCGACGGCCUUGGAAAGGCGUGCUGAUGGUGGGUCCGCCGGGCACGGGCAAGACCAUGCUCGCUAAGGCCGUGGCCACCGAGUGCGGGACCACAUUCUUCAACGUUUCAUCCUCCACGCUCACCUCCAAGUACCGCGGCGAGUCCGAGAAGCUUGUGCGGCUGCUCUUUGAAAUGGCGCGGUUCUACGCGCCGAGCACUAUCUUCAUAGACGAGAUCGACUCCCUCUGCUCGCGGCGCGGCUCCGACAGCGAGCACGAGGCGUCGCGUCGCGUCAAGUCGGAGCUGCUCGUGCAGAUGGACGGGCUCGGCUCCGCCACGGACGAACCACACAAGGUGGUGAUGGUCCUGGCAGCCACCAAUUUCCCCUGGGACAUCGACGAGGCGCUGCGGCGGCGGCUCGAGAAGCGCAUCUACAUCCCGCUGCCCACGCAGGAAGGCCGCGAGGCGCUGCUCGCCAUCAACCUCAAGGAGGUCAAGCUCGACCCCGGCGUAGACCUCGCCGGCAUCGCCAAGAAGCUGGAGGGGUACUCCGGGGCGGACAUCACUAAUGUGUGCAGAGACGCGUCUAUGAUGUCGAUGCGGCGCAAGAUCGCCGGGCUGAAGCCGGAGCAGAUCAAGCAGCUCGCCAAGGAGGAGCUCGACCUGCCCGUCACCAAGGCGGACUUCGUGGACGCGCUGCGCAAGUGCAACAAGUCCGUCUCCAAGGGGGACAUACAGAAGUACUUGUCGUGGAUGGCCGAGUUCGGCUCCUCUUGAUCGUUGGUCUG